ACAUUGUUAUAAAUUAUUGUUUAUGCUAGCAUUUGUGGCGAUAAAUAUUAUCGACAUUGUAACUGAUUUGUAGCUAAGUACUUUGUUUAGCUUAGCUGCACGAUGGCGGAUAUUCCCAACACAGGGGGUGGUAAGAUCCGUUCAAGACGUGCAGCUUCGUCCAGGAAACCAUACAGCCGAGCUUCAUCUCAGAAAAAGACUUUAUUCAGUCGUGUUACGGAUACAUUCAAAAAUCUUUUGAAUCCUUUUACGCCAAAAUGGCUCACAAAUCGAAUGAACCACGAAACAGAUGAUCAAGGAUCUCCUUCAACAAGGCAAAAUCAAGUUGAUCGUGAUGAUCGUCCUUCGACCUCCUCUAAUCACCAGGAAACACACAGUCAUACCAAUUCCAAUCGGGGAUCACCUAUACGACCACGGCCACCUUUGUUCUCUUCGAAAAUAUCAUCGUCGUCUGUGCAGUGUUUUGUAACUCCACCUGACACGCCGCCUGUUUCUCAGCAAAAUCUCACUCCCUCAGCAUCUACCUCACUCUCGCGGAGUGGUGGUAGUAGAAAGGCAGGAAAAGAGGACCUUUUAAAGCAUCUUAACACCAUGAGCAGCAAACGAGUGAAAAUUGAUUCAGAAUCUCCAAUCGAAAGCGAAUCUUCUUUUUUGAGAAAAGAAAUGAAAUAUCUUUCUGCUAAUGACAAUGCAUCAGUGGCCUCAUCGAGUGGUUGUUCUUCAUCAAUGCAAGCUAGUCAAAGAACAAACACUUCAGCAGACAAUGAAGGGACUGGAAGCCAGAAAAAUCUAUGGACUUCAUCCAUGGAUUCUCUAGCUUCAAGUAGAACAUCUUCAUCUCACCAACAACCUACGAUGACCAGUCAUAAGCGUCCAAGAUUUAAUCCUGCUAUAUUUGGAAUGCCUGCUGUGGGUUCAUCCAGUGCUCCUGAUCUCAACCAAAGUUCAUUUUAUAAUGGUCCGGUUCAAUUUGGUGGUGCCAAUGCAUCUGGAAAAUCAAGUCAUUUUGCAACACCAUAUAAGAUACCUUCCGUUACUAAGGUCAAAGUUCGUCAUAUCAAUCAUCAACGGACGCCUGUUCGCUCAUCCAUGCACUCGUCAAGAAACACAAAAAGUGAAUUAGAAGAAUCAUCUGCAACUGGUAUGAGUUCAACGGCGAAAAAAAUCUUGCAGACUUUAGAAAAGAUGUCAAGUCCUCUAAACGAUGCCAGAAGAAUUCCCAUGACACGAACACCAUCUUCGUUCAUGGCUGAUCGACAAAAACGUCGAACUAUUGGUGGAUCUUCGAGGCUGGGAACUUCCAUGCUUCAGCCUCCACCGACUGUCGGAAUCUCAAGUCCUUCUACUGCACGAUUACGACGCAGAAGUCAUAUGCCUAUGAAUAAUAGUUUACUUGUGAGAAAACAACCACAGUUCUCUGAAAGGAGGGAAAUGGAAGACACUAGAGAUGAUCCAGGGCCAUCUACAAUUGCAAUUCCUGAUUCGAAAUCGAUUUCAGUUAGAGGAUUGCCAGGUCCUAUAUCAUCAAUGACCUCAUCAGCAUCUAUGCCAAAAAGAAAUUCACGAUCAUCAUUUGGUAAUGAGGGAUACGGUGGUGGCGGAGGCGGCAAAAUGAAAUCACAAAAAAGAACAUCUGCACAUUAUUCAUCAACACAAAAUGAUGAAGAGGAAAUGUCCGAGGUCCCAGAUCUUCCCAACGUUCCUCUUCCACUUUCCAAUCUGCCGUCGUUUAAUUUCGGUAAAUCGAUGAUGACGUCUACUCCCACGAUAAGACCAGCAGAGAAGAAAAAGAGUCAAUUGGAAUCGAAUCAGCCUGAAUUUAACUUCGCGUCACCUUUAGUGAAAACCACGAACACAGAUAAUGGGAAAGUUCAAUCAUCUACUACUAAUACACCAAAGUUUCAAUUUAGUUCUCCACCUAUAAAGAGUUCAUCAAUCGGAGAUGAGCAGGAAACCCCCAAAGCUCGUCCCAGUUCCAAUUUUAAUUCCGGUAGCAAAAAUAGCACACCAACAUUGAUGUUCGCACCUGAUCCAAAAAUUGUCUCGGCUGUGAAAGCAACUAAGAGAAGAUCUUCACCGUUAGCUACUCCAAACAACGCAGCCAAUUCGUCGUCAGAUGGUAUUGUUACUUCAUCUGAACCGCUCAAAGCUGGCAGUGUAAUGGAUAUCUUAGGUGGAAAGAAAACAAAGGCAGACUCUACCUCAAGUCCAUUAACAAGUGGAUCAUCAACUUUGCCACUUCUAACACAAAAUAAAUCCGGAUGGAGGUGUGACGUCUGUAUGCUACAAAACGAUGACGCCACAAGUAGUUGUGUGGCAUGCGCGACUCCAAAACCUGGUGGUGCCAUAAAACCACUGCAAGCCUUAACAUCUAACAAUAAGGGAUGGAGGUGUGACAUAUGCAUGGUACAGAAUGACACUGAAAACGGAAAAUGCGAGGCAUGUAAAACACCAAAACCUGGCUCAGCUGCCACGAACGCACCGAAAAAACUCAGCGGGGGUCUUUUUGGUUCUGGUAACACCAAUAUCGCCCCAACGAACCCUAAAUUUUCUUUUGGUAUCAAACUGAAUAAAGAAUCGGAUAAUAACGACCAAAAAAGUCUUGGUUCGAUGUUUAAAAAACCGACAGGGUCGUGGAAUUGCGAGUCCUGUUUUCUGCGUAAUGACGCUUCUAAUUCGACAUGCGAAGCUUGUCAAACACCAAAAUCUGGGGCUUCAGCAAGUUUGCCAAACAACGUUUCUUCCAAUACAUCAGAAAAAGCCCCAACGUUUAAAUUCGGAAUGCCAUCAAAAAGUGCUGCGGAUAGUACCACCAAGCCUAGUUUAGGAUCUUUAUUCAAAAAAGCUCCCGGGUCGUGGGAAUGUGAAGUUUGUAUGGUCAAAAAUAAUCCAGAGAGGAAAAUAUGCGAGGCGUGUGAAAGUCCUAAACCAGGAACUAAGAAAGAGCUGAACACUUCCUUCAAAUUCGGAGAUGCGUCGGCUGGAAUAAUAAAAUUCGGAAUACCCGACGCAAAAGCUCAAGUGGAAACUAGCAAAAUCACAAUUGAAAACAAGAACGAAGAAAAACCAAAACAGGAUCCCACAAUCUCACAAACUAACGCAGAGCCGCCUGCUUCAUCAAAUCCCUCAUUUCAAUUCGGAGCCCCCGCUGCUGCAUCUGCACCCACUUUUGGUUCUACUGAACAAAAACCUGGAAUAUCGGCUCCUACGUUUGGGUUGAAACCGCCCGUCUCAACUGAACAACCGUGCUCAUCAGAACCUGAGAAACCGAAAACUACAGGCUUGUUUAGUUUUGGAGUUCCAAAAACGAAUAACGCGUCUUCUGAACCAGUUGCAAAAGAUGCCAAACAACUUGGAUUUACUUUUGGUGCCCAGCAAUCAACAUCUUCUGCACCAGAAUCAUCUGGUUUUAAAUUUGGUGUUCAAGCACCUGCAUCAUCUACCCCUCCACUAGGAAAUGAAACAAAGCCAUCAUCAACUGCUUUUUCGGCACAGCCUACUCUGAGCACUGCUCCAGUGUCAAAUACUGCUACAAUACCUACAUUUGGGGUGUCUACCAAUUCGUUAUCGCAAACAACGCAAGCUAAUUCAAGUUUAGGAGGGUUUGGUGGUUUCAAAGCCCCUACUGUUCAAGCACCUACUAAACCAGAAGAACAGAAAUCCGCAGCAUCGACUUUCUCAUUUGGACAAAACAAGCCAGCACAGUCUGGCGGAACUUUCCAGUUCAGUGGUUCCAAUGCAACAGAACCUGCAAAUCCGACUUGCAGUUCUAAUGCAGCUGCCAACAAGACAUUAUUUGGAUUAGCACAAUCGGCUUCUGCUCAAGAAUCAAAGCCAGCUUUUGGCUUCGGAAAACAACAGGAUAAACCUGUCUCAACCGGAUUCACAGGUUUUGGAAAUCAAUCUACUGGAGCUAAUGAUGCAAGCAAGCCAUCCACCUUUUCUGGAUUCGGUGCCACCAACCAACAGAACAACGCACCAGCAGCUGAACCGCCAAAAUCCACAUUUGGAGGUUUCGGUUUUGGAUCUUCUGCUCCUGCAGUUUCAUUACCAUCAGGUGGGGUUUUUGGAAGUACCCCGUUCGGGGCGAGUACAGCGUCAAGUAAUUCUCAGCCUUUUGGAAGUUCUAAUUCGGCGUCUGUACAGCCGUCUCCGUUCGGACAGACUAGCUCUACAGAAUCUACCGGAAUGUUUGGCACCAACCGUAAUCCGCCGCCUCCGUUCGGAGCUCAGUUGACAAACAACGCGAAUCCUGGGAUACCAAAACCUUCGUUUGCUUUCGGUGCAUCUUCUAAUAAUGAGCCUUCACAACAAAAAACGCCAGCUUUUGGUGGAUUUCAAUUCGGAGGAAACAACGAACAGAACGCUGCACCUGCACAACAAAGCGGCUUCAAUUUUGGUGCGAGCAGUGCAGCCCCUGUGUUUGGAGGAACGCCUAAUAAACCUCCGCCAGCUUUUAAUGCCACCCCGGCUGCCCCAGCAGCAGGAUUUCAGUUUGGCAACUCUUCAUCCAAUCAAAGCAAUGGCAUGUUCCAGUUUGGAGCCGGAUCUAACCAGUCGAAACCAGAACAACCUGCUGAAAACAAGUCAGGAAUGUUUGUUUUUGGUGGAAAUAAUCCAGCAAGCAAUAACACACAACAGCAACAAUCAACUGGUUUUAAUUUUGGAGCUUCUACAGCCCCAUCGUCUUUCAAUUUUUCUGGUUCUCAACCGGCUACAUCUCAGAACGCGUUCACCGGAAGUGUGUCAAACGCAGCGUUCACCGGAAGUACGCCAAACGCAAACCCAUUCAAUGCUGCAUCAUCUGGUGCCACCCCGGGGGGUAGACGUGUAAGACAAGCCAGAAGAAGACUUAAAAAAUGAAAAUGUAAAUGAAAUCAUAUCGGGUGAAUGUGUUUAGAAGGUGAAAUGAUGAUAUAGCAUUACAGUACGAAGCAUAAUGCUUGUAUUGGUAAUUGCUUUUACCUAAUAUGGAAUCGUGGAUUUCAAGUUCACAAUGUUGCAUAUUUGGUUGUUUUCGAAGUCGAAAUUUGGUUUUUCGAUCUGUCUUUAUGGCACAAUAUGACUGAAUAAAUAAAAAAACUCACAAAAGAAAAAAAUCGAGAUUUUUUGAUUUGAUCGAAACUCUGUUUUUUGAUAUUGUAUAUUUUUUCGAAUUAUUCUCACAAAAACAGUGUUAGCUAAUCACGUGGCAAAUGUCGUCGCUCGCUGGACAAUAAAAAAGCCCAGCAGCGGAAAUAUGCGCCUAUUUUUGGUGUCGUCAAAAACAUCGCUACCUACCCGUAUAUGGUAUUUUUCCUGCCUUUUGUGUGAAUAAUGAUUAGUUCUAUGUGUUGUAGUAAUUCUGUGUGAAACUAGGGGAUCUAUUCAGUCGAGUUCCAUAGAUGUUGUUCAGAUUUUGUUUGGACCGUGUUCAAUCACGUUGUAAAUUUAUCCCCUUAAAAGUGCAAUAUGCAAUGAUAUUAAUUUCAUCUAGUUGAGUACAAAGUUCUUAUUUUUACUGUAUUAUUUCCAUCAUUGCCAAAAAAUUAUAGCGGAGAAUUUUGUCGCAACGAUUUCAUCCAUUCCUAUUAUUUAUUGUGGGUGCGCGUGCCAUUAUCUAUAUCUAUAACAUCGCUAUUGAUGAGGCAGUUACACGUCAUCACCCCCAUUGGUACAAAAAUAUAUUUUUCUACGAUCUUGUUCCUUCGCGUUUUUGCUGUCACCCUCGUCUUUAGCUAACACUGAAAGUUCUAAUACAUAUUUUGAAUGUCGCUUUCGUUGUUUUUUUUGCUUUUUCAUUUUUAAAUUCUCUGCCGCAUCAAUUUUCUUUUUUGCUGUACGCGAUUACCGCAGCUUAACAGGUAAAUUUUACUUAAUUUUGUUCUUCUCAACAGCAUUUGUUAUACAAAAAUGCAUUUAUUUGUUAUAAAUGGUCUGUUUGAUUUACUAUAAAGUGAAAAAGCGAUUUUCUGUCCUAUGAUUCGCUGGUUCUUACUAAUUCUGAGUGUGUCUACUUUUAUAAAAAUAUCAUAUGGCAUCCAUUUUUUGUUUUGGCCAUACUGAUAAUAUAAUAUUUAAACUUUGGUGUUGAUAGUCAUCUGUUUUAAUCAAAACACUACCUUUUGAUGUUAAUUUGCCAUCAUGGUUUGAUUAGAACGAAAAAUUAGGUACAAUUGAUAUUUUUUCAGUUUCUCCAAAUGGUAAAUUACUGCUAAAUACAUCAUGUAAGUUAUAAAAAACUUCCGAAAUAGCGCUGUUAAUAAAAAAAAAUUUGGAUUGUUGUUAUGACAAUAUAUGGAAUUAUUUAAUUCAUCCUUUCCUGAAAUUAGCAGAAUGAAUAUCUAAUGUGAAAUAUUUGUCAUUUUCCAUCAAAAUGUAGAAAAAAAAAUGUGACAUAAUUUUUUGUUAUUGUUUAAAAUUUGAAUAAAAAUAACAUGCCAUAAUAAAAAUCCCAAUGGGCAGUUCGAUAAUGGCAGGAAUGUGCUCCAUAUUGCAACAAUCCCCCUUGUUUUGUCUCCUAUAUUGAGAAUGGUAAGCUCAAAUAAUAAUGUACAGUGCCAUCUGUUACUAGCUCUGAUCAAUGGAUGGUCUUUUCUAAUUCUUGAUUCAUUUUUGUAUGGUAUUGCGCAAUCUUGUUCGAGUUCUAAUAAUAAUUAUUUGUGUUGUUGCAUAUUUUGUAGAAGUCUUAUGGUCUGCAAUUUUGAAAAUUAACUAAAAUUGGUUUUUUACACAGUGGAAUUUUCUUACCGUGACUGCCGAUGGCUGUAUUCCGACAUUAUUUUUCUGUAUUUCUUGUGACUGGUCUGUUUCGAAAUACUUUGCUUAUUCACACGUCGAUGACUCUUUUUCACAAAUUUAUAGCUGUUAAUAAAAUUUUCUGCUUAUAAAAUGCUUUCA